CGUGAGUGCUCGUGAAGAAGAAAAAACCGGCUGUUUACUUCACGGUCGUGACCGUAGAAAUACUGAAACAUUUGAGCAGCUAAACGAGUUUAUUUUGUCAGAUUGUAGAAUACAAAUGACGGCGGAUAAGGAAGCAGACUGAUUUUUAAUAACAUGAAAACGAAUCGUGUGUGCUGAAGAAAAUGAUCAGUCAAAUUUUCAUCUUGUCAUCAAAGGGAGAUCAUCUCAUAUAUAAAGACUUCCGAGGAGAGGAAAGUAAAGACGCCAUCAAUGUCUUCUAUGAGAUGGUCACAGCUCUUAGUGGUGAUCAGCCUCCUGUUGUCAUGUCACACAAAGGUCUUCAUUUCAUCCACAUAAGGCAGGGUGGGCUUUACUGGGUGGCGUCCACCAACACAAACCCGUCCCCCUUCACCAUAAUUGAGUUCCUCAACAGAUUAGCAGCUCUUACGAAGGACUACUGCGGCAGUUUGUCAGAGAAAUCAGUGCGAAUGAAUUUCGCUCUGAUUUAUGAGCUACUGGAUGAGAUGGUGGACUUUGGCUACAUACAGACGACCUCAACUGACAUCCUGAAAAACUUCAUCCAGACAGAAGCUGUUUCAUCCAAACCCUUCAGUCUUUUUGAUCUAAGUAAUGUUGGAUUGUUUGGAGCUGAGACACAGCAGAGUAAAGUGGCCCCUAGUGUUGCAGCCAGUCGUCCUAUAAUGUCCAGUCGAGGAGAGCAGGGUGGAAAGAAUGAGAUCUUUGUGGAUGUGAUAGAAAGGCUGUCUGUGGUUAUUGGCUCCAAGGGAGUUUUAAUGAAAGCAGAUAUUCAGGGAGAGAUAAGAAUAAAAUGUUUUCUCCCGACCUGUUCAGAGAUGCGGAUUGGACUGAAUGAAGAGCUCAGUAUUGGAAAGUCCCAACUAAAAGGCUAUAGUUCAGCUGUGCGUGUAGAUGAAUGCAGAUUCCAUCAGGCUGUCAAAUUGGAUGAAUUUGAUACCUUCAGAAUAUUGAAAGUUUGUCCGAGCCAAGGAGAGCAAACAGUGAUGCAGUAUCAGCUAUGUGAUGAGCUGCCGUGUGCGCCUCCGUUUCAGUUAUUCCCCUCUGUAGAGAAGGAUUAUGUAAACAGGGUGUUGAUUUUCCUUAAGCUUAGAUGUGAUCUUCCACCUAAAAGUACGGCUCUUAAUGUUUCCAUCACUGUUCCUGUGCCAAAAGGCUCUACAAGUAUGUCUCAGGAGCUCAGUAGUCCAGACCAGACCGCUGAACUGCAGCCGAAGAACAAAGCCCUGCUCUGGGAGAUCCCACGUUUCCCAGGAGGAGCACAGUUGUCAGCUCUGUUCAAGGUGGAUGUUCCUGGUCUUAGCUCCGCCUCUUUGCUGGAGGUCGGCCCUGUCAGUAUGUCAUUUGAACUGCCCAAACAAACCUGCACUGGCCUUCAGAUCCGCUUCCUCCGGCUCUCUCCAACUCAGACAGGACUGUCACAACGUUGGGUUCGAUAUGUCACUCAUUCUGACUCCUACACCAUACGGAUCUGACCUAACCAGAUGGAAAGAACAGUAAACAAACUGCUGUGUGCCUCUUCCAGCGACAA